UUCUCAGCUGAUUUGUUUUAAGGUUAUGUUCUUGUUGUGCUAUAGUUUGACCAAAAAAAUUAAUAUUGCCAAUAAAACGUAUUUCCUACAAAAAUAUGACUAUAAAACCUCGAGAACAAAUCGGCAGUGAUGAUGAUCCCGUGGAAGGCAUGCUGAAAAAAACUGGCUGUCUGGAACUACACUAUAAAGUGCAGGAAUGCAUCGCCGAAACGAAAGACUGGAGAAAGUGUCAAACCGCAGUUAAUAAUUUCAGAGAUUGUAUCAACAAACAUAAACAGGAAGAAAUAAAUAAAAAUAAACAUUAAAUCAUGAUACGAUCGAA